AUGCUGACCGGCUCUGCGCUCAUCAAGGCGCUCAAGGCGCCAAAGGAGGAUCCGAACCAGCGAAAAAUCGAUCUCGCGACCGAGGCGUGGAACGACGCCGACCUCCUCAUUCCGAGGAAGGCAGAGGUGCUCGCCGACUGGGUGCUCGAGGCGUGGACGCGGUCCAAGCCGGGACCCAGUAGUCCGCUGCUCGACUCGAAAUACCACCAGCUUCUCAUCCAUGUCUACCCCAGCUGCCCCGUUGCGCCGACCGCCCAGAUUGGCCUUCUCUCCAGCUACGUCCAGUCCGUCGCCACGGCUGAGGCUUGCAGCUCGGACUUGGCGGAGGUUGUUGGACAGAGCCUCCCCCUGCUCCUCCGUGGGCAGAAGGCUGAGGCUUGGGCGGAGCAGUGGGGGAAGCUCGUUGAAGUGCUGGCCAAGAAGGACAUCGCGGUCGAUGCCCUCCGACCAGUGGUUGAGCUAGUGUGCGACCAGCUCGCAACGUCUCUCGCCGGUACCCCGAACCCGAAGAAGACUGUCGAGCCGUUGAAGGUCGCUGUGCGCGCCCUCAUCGGAGACAACUCAAAUGCUGAGGCUGGCCCGUCGAAGCCGAAGCUCUCUGAUCCUCGACCGGUUCUCGCUGCGGUUCCGCAUCUAUUCUCGGCGUUCGUCGACUCGACGCUGCACAACCGCUACACCCUCUACGGCAAGACCUCUAGCGACCGACCGAUCGACGUAAUUGUCGCCGAUCGUGUGCGAACAGCGAUUAUCUCCGGCAUCAGCGCUUCUCUUGACCUCGUGAACGGCAUUGAGGGGCAGCUGAAGAUCGACUCAAGCUCGGCACCUUUGCUUCAGGCGAUCUGGACAGCGCGCUUGGCGCUCUGGCGGAGAUUGCAGGAGUGGGGCGGAUACCUGGAGUCGGACACGUCAGCCAGUGAUCUCGUCACGAAAGCGGCCCGACAAGCCUCGGCGGCUCUCUCGCAGUACGGCGCCUCCGAGCCGAAUGCGACGGAUGAGGGAAUUGCCGGACCCGUUCUGCGAACAUUAACGGCGCUCGAGCAGCUGGACCACGACCGAACACAGCUCGAAACGAGUGUACUGGCGUGGUGUCUUGCCAGCCCGCCGCGAGUACACGUUCCGGCUCGUGAGCUACUCGCCGCCCUCCUCAAGUUCCACUCUCUCACCCACUCACUGCCGAAGUACUUCAACCUGAUCAUUGUGUCGCUCGAGGAGCUGUUCGACGCGAAGCUGCCCCAGGAGGCUCUCGAUGCGCUCUACACUCUGGUUGCCACGGGACCGCUUGUCGACAAGUCGUACCAGUCCGAGCUGUCUGGCGCUGUCCGGUUGACGAACCUUGGAGGACGAAGAGGCCCGACGUGGGCAGGUCUGCUGAACGAUGUUGCAUCGCACGUCACCUCGGCGCUGGAGGGCAAGCUGGGCGCUGCCUCUGCGCGAUUGGUUGGCGAGCUCAGCCGUCUCGCCAAGAUCGUUCUCGACGCUGGCGCUUUCGCCAAGCCUGGUGACGGAGAGAUUGAGGCUGCGGUGGGACACACGGCGAAGGCGUUCGAGGUACCGCAAUCGGAUGAGGAGCGCCCGAAGAAGAAGCGCAAGAGCAACGCCGGAGGCGACGAUGCUCUGGACUACGUGAACGCGGCGAGGCUGCGUGUGGCCCGAAGCGCUCGUCUGCUGGGUGCCGACGUCCACGUUAGUGGCGCCCUUGCAGAAUCCAAGUCGGCUCUCCCGGAACUGAGGUUCGAGACUUACCUGUACACCGCUCUCGCCCUUAGCCCUGACGACUCGGAGGCCGUCGACACCGCCCUUUCCACUCUCGACCACAAAUCGGUGCCGUGGUCCGGACGAGACGCCAGCGUCAAGAAGGACUCUCUGGCUGCUGCUGCGUGGACUAUCGUUGCCGAGCUUGGCAUCAGUGUCCUCGAUGCCGCUGCGAACCAGCAGCAGCUGGAGAAGCUUGCCGAGAUCAUCUUGAGCCGGGCACAGCCUGUCGAGUCGAUCGACGAGUUCUCGACGCCAGUUGCUCUCGCGCACAUCCUCUCUACUGCGGAGACGUGGGAGCUGCCGAACCUGCGUUCUGCACUGCUGAAGGCGUUGGUCGGCGCGUCUGCUUCGAAGGGCAGCGCCACUGGCGUGUUCACCGUGCUGACCGCCUGUCCCGCUCAGUGGCUUAGCAAGGGUGCUCGUAACCAGCUCCUGACGGCCGCCUAUCAGCUUGACGCCGAUCUGAAGGGCGAGGAGCGUGCGGUUGUGCGAUCGUGGCUCGCUCGUCUGGCUAGCGUCGACGUCUUUGGCCCUCUUGACUAUGAUAUCAUCAAGACGCUGGAUAAGACGUCCGAGGGAUGCGAGGCGGAGACGACAACGCUUCUCCAGCUCGCGUUCACUCACUUCGUCAAGCAGUUCGGCACCGACCCGAAGCCGCUCGAGAAGCUUGUCAAGUCGGCAGCAUCCUAUCCGUCCAAGAGCUUCCCGACGCGACGCACGGUGCAGACGCUUUUGACCUGUCUGUCCUCUGCGUCCCUGGACCGUCUCGCCAGCCUGAAGGACAAGCUCGUUGGACUCGAAUCGUCGGUGCGGAAGGCACUUGAGCCCGAGGUCAAGUCGGCUCUCGCUCACCCUGAGGACAAGACGGACCUGUUCGCUGCCUGGCGCGCGCUGGAGACGUACAGCCGUUGGCUCGGUGUCGAGACCAACGACACGAUCGGCCGUGACCUGCUUCGCUCCCUCCUCGCCAAUCCGGCCACUGUCAACCGUGAGCUCGCCGCCGCUGCGCUUGAGCUCAGCAGUGGACUGGAUGUGCUCGCGGCGUACAUCGUACUCCCGUGCGCCCUCGACCAGGCGAUGACCAACUGGGCACGCCGCCUCGAUGCCUCCGCCUACUCGGAGGCGCUCGACUCCCUGAUCCCCCUCAUUCAGGCAGCCAACGACGUGGAGAAGACUCGCGCUCUGCGAGCUGUCCGAAUCCUUCUCUCUGUUCCCGUCGAGGGCUCGGGUCGUGUUAUCGCCGCGGCCCUGCCCUCACUUCUCCUCGCUGUCGACUCGGCGUCUCGCUCCCGAUCACUUGACGUUCUUCAGGCUGCCCUCCAGGUGCUGAACGCGCUCACGAGCGAUCGUAUCGGUGUCGUCCGCGGUGGCGACGUGGCGCAGAUCCUCUCCACGCUUUCGGCCGUCAUCACUCCCGACUCGGAGAAGGCUGCUGCCCCACGACCGGAGCUCUUUGCUCUCGCUCUGGCGCCCGUCAUUGCGCUCGUCCGCCAGCGCCCAGAGCUGCUCCCGCCAUUCCUCCCAGCCCUUGUUGGUCUCCUCGCCGGCUUCUUUGCUCUUCUGCAGCGCCCGCGUUUGUCGGGCUCCGCGGCCGCGCAGGCCAAGGCUCGUGCCAGGCAGCCGUACUGGGUUGCAGGCGAGGCUGAUGCUGACGCGCACCUGCUCGCGCGAGCUAUGACUGCCCUCGCGACCGCGAAGGUGAAGCAGGGCGAGGGCGCAGAGGCAAAGUCUCUCGCCGCCCCUCUGGCUAAGCACGCCCCCGCGGUUUUGGUCGCCUACGCUCGCUCCGCGUCGGAUGCCUGGAUGGGUCUCUCGCCGCAGGUGCGCAAGGCGCUCGAGCAGGGGCUGUUCAGCGUGUGUGAUAUCGUCACUGCUGGAGGGCGUGCGGACGGUCGAGGAAGGGAAGGCGAGGGCGUCGGCGUGCCCUUUGGCCUGGGUGAGGGCAACGGUGAGGCUGAGUGGGAGGUGUGGAGGAGGCUGUGGACGACAUGGAGCCAGAAGAGGUACACUGGACGUGGAUAG